GUGUGCAGAACGUCAAAGAGAAUAUGAAAAGGUAUGUCUCUCAUAUGAAUAUCCACAUGACGUGAGAAGCUGCUCAUUUUCCAUUUGCUGCCAGGAGGAAGAUUAACUCGCCACCCCUCCUCCCCCUCUUCAGAGCCUCAUAAAUAGCAAACCGCACAGUCUCAUUGUAUUACAACAAUUGUAGCACAUCCAGUUAAAAGACUGACAAACUCGUUGACAUAAUAAGAAACAUCAGCAUGUACUCAACUAAAAGCGAGGGACCGCGCAGAGGAAGAUCUUUUGACUCCAUAAACCUUGGUCUGACAUUGGAAGAGAAGCAACUUAACAAUGAGAUGAACAAAUCUGCUUUUCCAAAGAUCGAGGAGAAUAAAGACAACAAAACCGCGUCUACAGAGAGAGGCCGGGCUGCUGUUGUGUUCUCCUUGAAGAAUGAAGUUGGUGGGCUUGUCAAGGCACUAAAACUUUUCCAGGAAAACCACGUCAACCUGGUGCACAUCGAGUCCAGAAAAUCCAAAAGGCGCAACUCAGAGUUUGAGAUCUUCGUAGACUGCGACAGCAACCGCGAGCAGCUGCACGAGAUCCUUCAGCUUCUGAGAAAACACGUGAACGUGCUCGAGAUGGACGCGCCUGACAACCGCCUGCCUGAAGAAAGCGAGAUGGAGAACGUCCCGUGGUUCCCGAAGAAGAUUUCAGAUCUGGAUAAAUGUGCGAACCGCGUGCUGAUGUACGGAUCAGACCUGGAUGCGGAUCAUCCAGGAUUCAAGGACAACGUCUAUCGCAAAAGGAGGAAGUAUUUUGCAGACUUGGCUAUGAGCUACAAACAUGGAGACCCCAUUCCCCGUAUAGAGUUCACAGAGGAGGAGGUGAAAACAUGGGGAGUGGUGUUCAGGGAGCUGAAUAAACUCUACCCCACACACGCCUGCCGCGAGUACCUCAAGAACCUGCCCUUGCUCAUCAAACACUGUGACGUCCGCGAGGACAACAUCCCGCAGCUGGAGGACGUCUCGCGCUUCCUCAAAGAGCGCACCGGCUUCACCAUCAGGCCUGUGGCUGGGUAUCUCUCCCCACGAGACUUCCUGGCAGGUCUGGCCUUCCGUGUGUUUCACUGCACUCAGUAUGUGCGACACAGCUCAGAUCCCCUCUACACACCCGAGCCGUGAGUACACAAAC